CCCAUUCCUCAAGUUCAUCUUGAAGACCCCCUUCUCAGCUCUACAGCGAGUCUUCAGAGGGGUAAGGGCGGCGUCGGCUGUGUGACCUGGAACGAUGGUACCCGGAGUUGGCAAGUGGCAGGAGCAAUUACCUGAGCAGCAGGCACAGUGCUGAAGACUUCAUACCUCAUUUAAUCUGCAUAACCCCUGCGAGUGGAGCGAUGUUAUCCUCACUUCAAUGAUUGAGAAAGUUGAGACUCACAGAACAUAAAUGUUUUACUUAUUGAGGCUACAUACCUAUGUUUUAAGGUUAUAAAAUACCCAGAAACUUAUUAGGGGAGUUUUCGCUAGAAAGAGGGUUACAUCACUUUGCAGUGUAUCCUGUCAUUAGUGACCCGCCUUCCCAACUAGACUGGGGACACUCUCUACUGCCGAAGUACCUUCACUCACAGUCACCUCGUAAAGCAGGAUUAGUUACCUCUAGCGUAGAACUUAGAAAGGUUGGGAAGACAUAGAUGUGUUCUUUCCCUUUAAGAAGACAACUGGAUGGGUGAGAGGGCACAGCUGGCAAAGGUACUUGUCCCCAGGCCUGACUCCAAGACUAUGUACAGAAGGGCGGGGACCGCAGCCCACACUCACUGCCACCCCCAAUAAAUAAAAUUCAAAAAUAAAAACUCAGCUAUGAGGGCAACAUGGGCUCUGGAUGAGAAGUGAAAAGGUUAAGUACAAACGAUCUCUCUAAUCUGAAGCAUAGCUAUAUAUCCGUAAAUACGGCAAUAUAACUGAACUCAGUGAAAUGUGCUCAGUAAAAGUCUGAAGACUGCUCUGUGGAGAACGUGCGUGCGAGAUAACACGAAAGUGGUUUUGUAUACACAGCGAGGAUAGGAGAACACUGACCCGGAUCUGUCAUUUCAUUCAUAAGGGAAAAGGAUCUCAAAUGAGGUCGAUUUCAACACACCAAGCCAAACAGCUAGUAAACCGCCCACGAACAAGGAAAACUUUUUACUCGUCAUCCUUCAGAUGCAAAUAGCACAUUAACAUAUGCACCAGUUGUGCAAGCAGAAAGUCCCAGACCUUCCAUCGCAAAGAGGAGGAGCCAAAGAUCCUGACAGGACUAACAGGGCCUCAGAACCCGCCUGGGGACUUCCUGUUGUCAUGGACUCGGGAUUAGUCCUGUAUGAGCUCACUUGGAGAAAGGCAGACUCCGGGGUGGGAGCGCAGGACCGGCAGGCUCUGCGGAGUGGCACCCGUCCUUGUGUUUGGGACACAUGAUCUCUUGAGGCUCCCUAUGCUGAGACUGUGCUUUCUCCUCAGUUUCAUGUGCUUGGUGAAAUCAGAUACGGAUGAAACAUGCCCGUCCUUCACCAGGCUGAGCUUCCACAGUGCAGUGGUUGGUACAGGGCUCUCCGUGAGACUGAUGCUCUACACACAGAGAGACCAGACCUGCGCACAAGUCAUCAACUCCACAGCCCUGGGGAGCUUAAAUGUGACCAAGAAAACCACGUUUAUUAUCCAUGGUUUCCGGCCAACCGGCUCUCCUCCGGUUUGGAUGGAGGAGUUGGUACAGAGUUUGAUCAGUGUACAAGAGAUGAAUGUGGUGGUUGUUGAUUGGAAUCGAGGAGCUACGACUGUGAUAUACCCCCAUGCUUCUAGCAAGACCAGAAAAGUAGCUCUGAUUUUGAAGGAAUUUAUCGACCAGAUGCUGGCCAAAGGAGCUUCUCUGGACAACAUUUACAUGAUUGGAGUAAGUCUAGGAGCCCACAUAGCUGGAUUUGUUGGAGAAAUGUAUUCCGGGAAGCUGGGGAGAAUCACAGGUCUUGACCCUGCAGGCCCUUUAUUCAACGGGAGACCUCCUGAGGACAGAUUAGAUCCCAGCGACGCACAGUUCGUGGACGUCAUCCACUCGGACACUGACGCACUGGGCUACAGGGAAGCACUAGGGCACAUAGACUUCUAUCCGAACGGAGGACUAGAUCAACCGGGGUGCCCCAAGACAAUAUUUGGAGGUAUAAAGUACUUCAAGUGUGACCACCAGAUGUCCGUCUUCCUGUACCUUGCAUCCCUGCAAAAUAACUGCUCCAUCACAGCCUAUCCCUGCGACUCCUAUCGGGAUUAUAGGAACGGCAAGUGUGUCAGCUGUGGUGCUGGACACAUCGUGUCCUGUCCCAGUCUCGGCUACUAUGCUGACAACUGGAGAGAGUACUUAUGGGACAGAGAUCCUCCGAUGACGAAGGCGUUCUUCGACACGGCUGAGACAAAGCCAUACUGCAUCUAUCAUUAUUUUGUGGACAUCAUAUCUUGGAACAAGAGCGUGAGAAGAGGGUUCAUUACAAUCAAGCUGAGAGGCGAAGAUGGAAAUAUCACAGAAUCCAAAAUUGAUCAUGAGCCAUCUGCAUUCCAGAAGUACCAUCAAGUGAGUCUUCUCGCAAGAUUUAAUCGAGAUCUGGAUAAAGUGGCAGAAAUUUCCUUGUUGUUCUCCACAAAGUCUGUAGUGGGCCCAAAGUACAAGCUCAGGGUCCUGCGAAUGAAGCUGAGGUCCCUGGCCCAUCCAGACAGGAAUGAAACCCUAACUAGGAAGUUGGCACCAGGGACUGAGAUGUUGCUGUGAUGGGCCUGAUCGUGCUUUUGUUUGGACGACUGUGGAUUUUAGAACUUUGGAUUUGGGAAAUAGUGGGAUAGUGGGAUGCUUUAACUGGGGCUAAUGGGCCAUCUUGGUAGGACUAUGGAAGACAUGGACGCUGAGAGUGAUUUGAACUGGGUGGAGCUUGAGCAUAGAUCCUAAAGCCGGCCCACAUAGGGACACACUCCCUCCAACAAGGUCACACCCCCAACAGUGCCACUCCCUUUGGGCUGAACAUACUCAAACCACCACACUAUCCUGUUGCCUGUUGCGUUAGAAACAGCUGCUCGGGGCUGGAGAGAUGGCUCAGUGGUUAAGAGCACCCGACUGCUCUUCCGGAGGUCAUGAGUUCAAUUCCCAGCAACCACAUGGUGGUUCACAACCAUCUGUAAAGAGAUCUGAUGCCCUCUUCUGGUGUAUCUGAAGACAGCUACAGUGUACUUAUAUAUAAUAAAUGAAUAAAUCUAAAAAGAAAAAAAAAAAAAA